GUGAUAUAACCCUGAAGGAACUGAAGCUUUGCUGAUCCCGAGCGCACGCCGUUUAUCAUUAAUCUAUUAGUCGUCCCGCGGCACUAAACUUUGUACCUUCUCCUUUCGCAGAAACCUCCGCGCCGUGUCCGAGCAGCCAAGUGACUCUGUGAAUCGGUGAGCCAUGUCCUCCCCCAGUCAGCCAUUCCACCUGGUGUCUCCUUUGCUGGAGAGUCUGUCACUGUCCAAGAUUGUUGGAGCUCCGGUGUUCAUCAAGAUGGACAACACCCAACCCUCUGGCUCUUUUAAAAUUCGAGGGAUUGGUCACUACUGUCAGCAGGCUGCCACUCACGACUGUCAAGGCUUCAUCUGCUCUUCAGGGGGUAAUGCAGGCUUAGCCACUGCCUAUGUGGCCAGGAAGCUGAACAUCCCAGUCACUGUCAUUGUCCCCUCGUCAACUCCAGAUUUGACAGUUCAGAAGCUGCGGGAAUAUGGAGCCUCUGUGCAGGUGUUUGGACAGGUCUGGGACGACGCGGACAGGGAAGCUCACAGGCUGGCUGAAAGUCGAGGCUGGAAGUACGUCCCACCAUUUGACCACCCGCUCAUCUGGCAGGGCCAUUCGACAAUCGUGAAGGAGCUCCGGGACCACCUUCCCUCAAGACCUGGAGCCAUAGUAGUCGCAGUGGGCGGAGGUGGGCUGCUGUGUGGAGUGGCUGAGGGCGUGAAGGAAGUGGGCUGGGAGGAUGUGCCCAUCAUCGCCAUGGAAACCAUUGGGGCCGACAGUCUGAAUGCGGCAGUGAAGGCCGGCAAGCUGGUGACGCUCCCGGACAUCACAAGUGAAGCCAAGUGCCUCGGAGCCAAGACGGUGUGCCCAAGGGCACUGGAGGUCACCCAGCAAUUGCCGAUUCUGUCGCACGUUGUCACCGACCAGCAGGCUUUGCAGGCCAUAAAGAGCUUCUUGGAUGACGAGCGCGUGCUGGUCGAGCUUGCCUGCGGGGCAUCACUAGGGGCCAUCUACAGCGGACUGGUCACGAGACUCCAGACACAAGGACAGCUCCCGGCCCAGCUGGGCCCCCUAGUGGUCAUUGUGUGCGGCGGCAGCGGCAUCAACCUGGACCAACUUCUGAAGUACCAGGAAAAAAUAAUGCAAGGUUAAAAUGCAACAAGGUGGGGACGAGGAUUGGGAAAUGGUGUUGAUUUUUAUGUGAUUUGGGUUGGGGUCUGGUUCAGUAGUUACAUCCAAGGGGUAUUUGUGGUGUCAUUUCACGAAUGAAGUGGGGGCAACCUUCCGGUUUGUAAUUGGACUUUAGAAUAGCACUGGGACUUGUGAGCCUUGAGAGUUAGUGAUGACCAAUCAGAAUGGGGGCUGAAGCUCAUAAAGAAGUGGGGCAGUCAAGAAUCACUCACUGGGAGCAGUAACUGGGACAUUCAAAGUAGACGUAGAAGGCCAGGAGAGACUUAUGGAUGAAGUCGGGAAUCUGGGAUCACGUGGAAGGCUGGAAAGUGAAUACUGAAUGAGCAGGAGAAAGCAGUGGCACAGAAUGUGACAGAACAGACCUGAUGAGGCCUCCUUGGUGACAGCUGUGCCAUUGUUUGGGUGGUGGGAUUAGAGAUGUCCAGGUAGGAGCAGCCUUCACAGCCCAUAUCGUUUCGUGACUAAGAUAAGCCGCCUUCCGUUCACAAAGUCCCCGUGGUGGUGGUCGGCCCUCCAGUCAGGGUCAGGUUCGGUUUCGGGCUCGGGCUCCAGUUUCCAACAACAGAUUCCCUGCCCAAACCAUCCACAUUCAAAGUCCCCUCCCUUUUUUUUUUCAUUUUUUUUUUUUUUUUUUAUUAUUUUCUGAGUCAGUGUUCUUGCAUUUCAGUGAGUGAAAUCUAGCAAAUUAGCACUUUAAUUUACCCCUAAUCUAAGAAUAAGCCGCUUAAACUACAUGCCAACCGGGCACACCCCCAACCCUUAACUUCGGUAGGGAAGCUGACGUGUGGCGCUGUGGCUCGUGCUGCGGGAUAUCAGGGAUGUGAAAUCUCCGGCGUCCUCUACAGGCCACAGCUGGAAAUGCAGUUCAGCAAGAGUUGCAAUAAGCCCGAAGAUAGAUAAUUUGACAAAAAGGAAAAAUUCGUUAAAUUCGAUCACCAGCACCUCUGCAAUGUGCAGGGCAAUUAGUCUGAACAAGCCAGUGGGCAUAGAUAGUGCCUGUGCACUUAUGGCGCCUUGCCUUUCAUUAUUCCUGCCUUGCGCCCUGUGUUGGCUGGGAUUGGCUCCAGCAGAACCCCGUGACCCUGUGGUUGGGAUAUAGCGGGUUGUAUUAUGGAUGGAUGGAGGGAUUAUUAUUAUUGUUUAACGACGCGGCUUUGUGAAGUCCCGUCUCCGCUUGGCUUUUAUAUGUAUGCGUAUUUGGGCAUUGUACACUGUUAUUAGAAGAAAUCCGACGAUCAUGUGGUCGUUAAUGUACUCCAGUGUGUCUGCAAAAUAAACAUCAAAGUAAACACGAGACUAAUAACGGUUAGCGCGACUCUAAUUACGACAGCAUGCUAUUACUUACAAAUACGCUAGGCGGCACCCUUGCACUUCAUGUAAGUAUGUGCUAUCAUCGAGCGCGCUUUAAAUUGAAAAUGUCCACGGCGUGAUCCUUUUAAGAGUAGUAUGUGACUUAUCAUGGUGUGUUUAAUAUAGCGCCUUUUGCGACGGGUGCUGAUGAAAUUCAAGGUCGUCCACCAAACCAACCAAACCGGAGUGCGUCGGAAUUGGGAGAACACUAUGGGGUGACCAGUAAUGCUGCAGUUGGACAGCUGUUAAAUAUGAUUAAAAGUAACCGGUCAAUCAGCUGGCACGAUCUCACGGGUACGAGUGCCUUUUGCUCGUGCGUGACAGAAUUCCUUUUUCACUCCGGGUGUUUGCACCCGCAUGGUGUUCACAGUCCAGAGUGGAAGCACACCUCCAAUCUAAUAAACAAAUGCAGACAGACGCCUGGCCGCUGAUGUGUGACUGGCUAUAUUUAUAAGUUCAGUUCUUGUAUAGCACAGCCGGACUUUUAUCGCGAUCCGCGUGCAAUGCUGCCAUCUGGCGGUCCAUGGCUACACUGCACCACACUGCACUGUCUGUCUUGACCCACUUGUUUGCCAACCUGAUGUCCUUGCUGCACAGUUUUCCGUAAUGGGUUCUAAAAUGAACCCCACUAAUAAUUCAUUCAUUAUGUAUUGGUCUGGUCUUACAGGGGAAGCUACCAAUUCUGUAUUUUUGUCAACGACUCUGAGAAGACAUGCAGCCUGACACGUCUAACGGGAAUCUGCUGUCUUCCGGUUAGACACGGAGCCCCUCAAGCCCUUCCUAUUUGUGCCCCCGUGGUGCGAUUUAUUACCUUCAGCAUAAAAAAAGGAUUAGCUAAGCAGCCAACGGUAACCUUAAAAAAAGAAAAGUGCGUUGCCCGAGCUGGCUGUUUAUAAAAUCGGAUUGAAACGCCUGUUGAAAAGCUUUGUCUGGGAAUGUGGCGAAAUCUAAUCUGCGCCUCUAAUCAUUUUGUAAACUUGCUCGUUUCUGUCGGCUCCAAUUCUUCUCCCUUUAAUUGCCUUGAAGAGUUCAUUUAUUAUACAAUAAAUGGGAUUUUGUUUUGUAACUAUUGUGGAUCCAACCUACCUGUGCAAUUUGAAAUAAAAACUCCACAUCCUCAUCAAAAUGCCGUUUGCGCA